UUCCUUGUUGAAUGCACCAGCUUGAGGUCGGUAUAGCGCCUGUGUGACGAACAUCUCGGGUCAUGCGACAGCGUCACCAGCGUGAACAUGUGUGAUAAGAGUGUUUACACAAGGAUCUCCUAAAGGUAAGCAAAGAUACCACGAGCCGGGGGCGAGCGGUGUAAAACCCAACGGAGGACGCACUGAACCACAUGUACCCGGAGUACAACGCAUGAACAGGUAUCAGCAUCUGGUAGAAAGAAGCAUGAAGUGUUGUCAUCUUUAUUGUCUUUUGACUUUCCUGACCUUUCUCUCUGGAAUCACAGGGGCAAGACUGACCACAUCACCAAUACAAAUGACUAUUGGGGGAAGUAGCCCAACAUCUCAGCUGACACUAAGCUGUAGUCCAGAUGCACCUGGGAUAACACAAGUGUUAAGCAUAGAGAUUGGCAAGAAAUCUUCUACUGGUUCUAAUCAGCCUAUAAUACGAAUGAACAACACAGAUUCGUCAGUACAAGUAGAGGACCCAGGUCUACAACAGCGGAUGACAGCCUCAGGUUCUAUUACUGGAGCAACAGGCAGCAUACAGUUCAUCCUGACAGGUCUGAGAUGUACUGAUGCUGCUUCUACAUACUAUUGCUCCACCCUAUACAUGGCGGGGGGAGCUGGAAGUGAUGAGGCAACCACCAACAUCAAAGCUAGAACUUACCCAGAGCAGAUAGAGAUGUUCCCCAGUCCCGACAGGGUCACUUAUGACGAGGGUCAGCUGAUUUCAUUCAGAUGUACAGGCAGGAUCGGAAACCAGUUUAAUGUGAACAAUCUCCAGAACCUGUGGACAUGGGAGUGGCGAUCUAUAGACAACGAGUUCACCUCCUGGACACGAUAUCCAAACGACCAAAACAUCACCUAUCAGCCUCCUACUCCCGUGUCUGGGUCAGGGGGUUGUCAGUAUGACGCGGCGUCAACACUGCUUCAUACAGUCUCGAAUCAAGACAAUGGGAGAGAGUUCAGGUGUUCUGUCAUUAAUGAAGACUACAGUGACAACAAGACAGUUUUUGUUAUUGGACAAACAGCCACUGCAACCACCACCAAUCGACCUUAUGCAAGACCCUCCCCGCCAACUGACUUCUACUGCACAGAGCACACGGCCUCCAGUGUUAAGAUGCAGUGGACCUUCACUGACACACGUAGUCAGGGAUAUGUGUUUAUUCUUUCCUAUUGGCAGAAAGACUCAACUGUAUGGAGUGUUACUAACGUAACGGCAGACACAGGCAUGCCUCAGACGCGAUGGACACUCAGUGUCCCACGGCUCCAGUCAGACACGCUAUACUACUUCCGGUUGCUGGUGGAUGGAGUAGCGGGUCAGAGCGAAGCUGUGACUUCCACUUGUUUCACGGAAAUCGAUGUUUCUGCGGCCUGUGAAGGAGUGAUAGUGGGAUAGAACGUGGGAAUCAGCGUCAUCGAUCGUGGCUUUACUGCUGUCCAUCAUUUCAUGUCUUCAUGUAACACAAUUAUUUUUAAUAGUAACUGUAUAAAAGAAGAAUAUGUAAACUAGUUUUAUAUAACAGACUAGUCAUAUCUCAUUUGUGAGCGAUUUACGUAUAGAUUCAAAAUUUAACUAGAACAUUUCCCUUGACGGAAAGCUUGUCAAUAAAUGUUUGUAACAAAUAUAUGUUGAUAGUAACAACAUAAAAGAUAACUGUGUUAGCUAUGUUUAAUACGAGAUCCAUAUGAACAGUAUGUUGAUGACAGAAUAGUAACAUCUUAUUUGUUAGGCCUAGCAAUUUGCUAAGUGAUGACAGACUGAGAACUGUUUGUUUCUUCCGCUUGUGCGACUAUCGAUGUACAGAUUCAAAACAACAAAAAUCCCUUAUUAAUUUUGUCAAUCUAUCAAUUUGUUUAAAAGCGUCUGGCUAGGUAUAUGUAACUUCGGUUUUUCCCUACUCGCUUGCACCAUCUGAGAAGGUUUAAGAUGUAAUAAAUUCAGCUGGUGUUACACUAGUAAAUUCACUUAUGUAUCUAAAUAUAAAAAGAUUGUGUGGGAAGAUUUGUACAUGAAUGAAUUUGCCCAAUGAAUAAAUUUAUGUACGUCUU